GAAUGCAAGGGAAACCCCUCCUACUAAUCGCUCUACUCGCCUGCCUUUGCCUGUUUGCGGUGGACUCCCGGGCCUCGCCUGCAUAUGGAUAUCGGCCAGAGCGUAAUGGUCGCAGCUAUACGGAUAUAGCUCGUGUUGUGAAUCCCAAUCAAUAUGCCUUUGUGGGCAGUCGCAACUAUCCGGGACAACCGUUUUGGCCAGCAGGCCGAUAGAGAUACAAUCUUAAUUUAUAUCUGCAUUUUUACUUUUAAGGAAAUCAAUUCACUCAUCUAUAAUUCAUUUAAUUUAUGCAAUCGAAUAUAUAAAGUGUGCUAAACUUAACGUGCGUAGCUUUAAGGAAAACCAAAUGAAUUGAAAAA